AUGGAGCGCAAGCGCGAGCAUGGUGACGCGUGCACCAGCCUCCAUGCCAAGCGCAUGCACUUGGAUGUGAGUGCGCACGACGACGAUGACGACACGAGUCCGGAAUAUCAGCUGCUCGAGCAGUUUCGAAAAGAGGCCCUGUACCGCUGUAUGCGGGAGGCCCAGCGCGAAGUACGACGUGCGCAUGAACAUGAGGCGAGCCUGCAGUCUCAGAUCGCGCGCUUGCAGCAUAGUGUGCUGCUUGUGAACCAAUUCUGGGACGCGUUGGCCGAGCAAAUGCAGGCAUCGCCUGCGACGGAGCCCACUGCUGCGAUGCGAGCCAUGGCGCCACUCGCCCUGACGCAUACGUCCGAGGAGCAGGCUGCAGCGCUUCAAGAGCGGCGUGCGCUUCUUGAACAUAUCCUCUCUCGCACAGCUCCGCCUGCCGCUGCGGACGACGAAACACAAAAGCGAUGCACGCAACUGGCAGCAGAGCUGAGCGCGAUGCAGCAGGCUCUCGAAACGAUGCAGGCGCGUCUAUCAGAGUCUGUUGAGCAUGUGGCCAGUAUCACAGAAAAGCUGCAGCGCGCUGAGAAGCGACUGGAUCGCUUCCAGAGCGCCUCUGUGCACGCCGUCGAGCAUCCUGGGCAGGAGGCGCGAAAGGAGCCGGCGCCGCCGGAAAAGAGAGAGUCGACGCAGGAGGCCCCGCCGUCUGACACGCACGCGAAUGCGACGGCCGAGGCCUUGGCGAGUGUGCAGCAGGAGCUCGAGGGCGUGCGCGACGUGGCGCAUGCACGCGAACGAGCUCUUGAAGCGGUGCGUGCCGAGCUUCUUGAGGCGAAGCAGUCCUGUGCGCAAUGGCAACGGCAGGCACAGCAUGUGCCUGACGACCGCAUUCGCCAUCAUCCAUUAUACCAGGCCGUGCAUGCUGAUAUGGCCUAUUUGCAUCAGGAACUGGAGCAUGCUCGCACGACGCUGGCCACCUGUGAGCGUGAAAAUGCCGAGAUGCGCGAGUUUCGUGCGGACUUUUUGCACCAGACGACGACUCAGGCCAACACACACAGCGAAGAGCUGCAGAAGCAGCUGCGAGCGCGUGACGCGGAUAUUGCUCGUCUUCGUGGACAGCGUGAUGAGCUCAAUGCUGAGUUGCUGGAGCGGCGAUCGCGUGAAACGGUCCGUUUUGCGCAUGUCGAUGAGGCCAAGUCCCUCCUGGGGCCGAAGGACGAGCGCAUGGCAGCGAUGCAAGCUCAAGUCGCGCGGCUCGAGAGCGAGCUCAAGGCUCUGCGGGAGGCGUCGCACGUUGAUGCUGCGCCGCCAGGCGAUGUCGACGUCGCAACGCUGCAGCGGCGCCUGCAGGCGGCUGACGCUUCGAGUGCGAUGCUGAGUGAUGAGGUCGACCGGCUGAGCGCUGCCUACGACCAGCUGGAACGCCAGGCCGAGUCACGGGUCGCCAACGUGGCGCGCCUCGAAGACAAGAUUUUGCGACUCACAACGGAAAAGGCCAAGGCGGACAACAAGUACUUUGCGGCUAUGCGGGCCAAGGAUGCACUGGAUGCAGAGAAGCGCGCAUGGACACGCAGUGCGGAGCGGCAGACCAAGGUGAUCGAGCGCUACAUGGACACGGAACGGGCGCUGCAGGCGCAGAUCCAGCUGGCCGAGAAGGAAGUCACGGCGCUGCGCAAAAGUGUACACACGCAGGCCACGCGCCUGCACGAGGCAGAGCGUGAUACCAGCGUGCUGCGCCGACGGCAUGCCGAGUCGGAGCGUGCGCGGCACACGGCUGAGGCGAGUGUUGCACAGCAUCUGCAGGCGGCGUCGCGGGAACAGGCGGCGUGCCAGCAUGCCGAGGAGCGGGCGGCUGCCCUGGAGCGUGAGGCUGGCCGCCUGCGUCGUCGCGUGGCGGAGACGGGCGGAAGCCGCCGUCCAAGCAGCAGCGAGGCCGAGCAGUAUGUCGAGCACCUGAAUUCGCUUCUGCGGUGCUCGUCGUGCAAGGAGCGGUACCGCGACCGGAUCAUCCUGCGGUGCUUGCACACCUUUUGUGAGGCGUGUGUGAGUGCGCGUAUCCAGACUCGGCAGCGCAAGUGUCCGCACUGCGGCCUGGCGUUUGCUACGAGCGAUGUCCAAGUACUGUACCUACAAUAA